AUGGAAAAAUUGUGUCUUACGUUGUACUUCUCAGCGUGCAAGUUGCGACACUACAUGUUAUCCUUUACCAAUUGGAUUAUCACUCAAACCGACCUGGUUAAGUACAUGCUAUCGCGACCUAUUCUGCGAGGUCGUAUUGACACGUGGGUAUUGGCCUUAUCCGAAUUCUCGCUACAAUACGUUCCACAGAAAGCAGUGAAGGGACAAACCAUCGCAGACUUUCUAGCAUAUCACCCUAUGUUGGAUGUCCCCACAGUGAAAGAGUUAGAGAUAGCGACCGCAAACAUAACUCGACCAGAUUUGGUGCGCAUUCUAGAAUAUGCUAUUUGGUAUCAAGCCACAAUCUCCCUUCAACCCUGGAUACUAUUUUUUUAUGGCUCAAGAACAGAAACACUAGCAGGGGCAGGAAUUAUUCUGGAAAACCCAGCAGUCGAUCGUUUUUCUUAUUCUUUCCAAUUGGAAUUCAAGUGCACCAAUAAUCAAGCAGAGUACGAGGCCCUCAUUAUUGGCCUAGAGGUGUUACUGGAGCUAGGACUAAGAGAUGUCCAAGUACGCAGUGAUUCUUUGCUUGUCAUAAAUCAAUUUCAAGAGAAGUACAGGUGUGUGAGCUGCUUGCUUGUACCAUAUUUGAAUCGCACCAUUGAACUUCUGGAUCAAUUCAAUGACGUGGAUUUGGAAUAUAUCCCUCGCGAGCGCAACUUUGCGGACAACAAACUGGUUCAACUGGCUACAGGCAUUACUUUGAAAUAUGGGGUUCGCGAGCGAAUCCUGAAAGUUGAACGACGCACGCUACCUUCUUGGCUCGCGUGA